AUGGGAAUCUAUCAAUCUAUCUAUUGUAAUGGAUCAAGUUGGAUGGAUCCGCCCCAGAACUUGAUCUGCCAGCAACACUACCAAAAAGAAUAUGCAAGGAAGGGGUGGCCAUUUUAUGAACCCAUGUUGCAGAUUCUAGGCUUGCACGCAAAGGACAGCCAUGCCUUCCAAGGGACAACUGCGCCCAUUGAUCCAGCUUUUGCCAAGUUGUCAAUGGCUGAAAGGAGGGGGGCUGAUGAGGGUGAUUAUGGUGAGGAGGAGGAGAAGAAGGAGGAUGAGGAGGGCAAUCAGGAGGACAAGCAGGCAGGGGGAUCUAUAGAUGUGAAGGAUGGUACUGAUUACCAAAUGGAUGUUGACAAGGAUGGAGCUGAAUCUCCCUCACACAGUGAAGUCAUGGUAAUCUUGCAACCUGGAGCAACUACAUCCCAAUCUCCCAGCAAAGCUGGCUCAGCCAGCAAACACAAGUGUUCUGCUUUGGACGGUAAACAUGCUGAACUGUUUGUUGCAGAUAGCUGCACAACUAGCCAUGGCUCUGGAGUGCAGGCGCUGACUGGUCUGUCCACACAGGCAGGAGGAUCAUGGGAACAACUUUUUACAAGCUGUCAACCAUAUUGUUGA